AUAACUCCUCUCAUCUCCUUUCCCCACCUUCUGCUAUUCUUUAAAAGCAUGUCCAGACUUUUUGAAGAAGGAGCACAUUUUCUUUUGUCCUUCGACGUGUUCAAAUGAUGAGCAAGCGCAAUCUCAGGCAGCUGUGAACAGGAAUUGAAGCCCCUACUGUGAAAUGGAGAAGUACUGCCUGGACUCUCUUUCUAACAUCUCAGAACAGCACGGCAUGUUCUGUAACAUCACAUUGCUAAACGUCACAGGAAAUGACUCUGGGACCAAAUCUAUCGAGGACCUCCUACUGGAAUUUCUAGGGCCGAAACGCUCUCCCGUGUUCCUCCCUAUCACCCUGGUUUACCUGCUCAUCUUCUUUGUUGGUGUGUCUGGCAACCUUCUCACAUGUGCAGUGAUAUCCAAACAAAAGAAGAUGCGUACCACCACCAACCUGUUCCUGUUCAGCCUGGCUGUGUCGGACCUCUUGGUGCUCCUCUUUGGGAUGCCCCUGGAGAUCUACGACAUGUGGCAGAACUACCCCUUCCCUUUCGGUGAGGGAGUCUGCUACUUCAAGAUCUUCCUCCUUGAGACCGUCUGCUUCGCUUCCAUCCUAAAUGUGACAGUGCUGAGUGCGGAGAGGUACAUCGCCGUGGUCCAUCCAUUAAAAAUACGCUAUGUCUCCACCAAAAAGCAUGCCAAGCAUGUCAUCAGUGCCAUAUGGGUGGUGUCCCUGGUCUGUGCCAUCCCCAACACCUCCCUGCAUGGCAUCUACUACUUGAAUCUCCCGGAGAAGGUGGCAGAGUCAGCCAUAUGCAGUUUGAUAGGGGCCCCGUGGAUCUAUAACCUGGUGAUCCUGAUCACCACUGCGUGCUUCUACAUUGUGCCCAUGUCGGUGAUGAGCGGUCUGUACCUGGUGAUGGGCAUCCAGCUGGGCAGGGAGCGACACCUUUCCCACGGAACGAUGAGGAAGAACUGUAGCACCAACACCAACUGGAGAAUCCACGUAGAGCGAGGGCAUAGGAGACAAGCCACCAAGAUGCUUGCUGUGGUCGUGCUGGUGUUUUCCAUCUGCUGGGCGCCUUUCCAUAUCGACCGGCUCUUGUGGAGCUGCAUCAUCCAGUGGUCUGUCUGGACAGACCUCAACCAAACUGUGUACCAGUGUGUGCACCUCCUUUCCGGCAUCCUCUUCUACUUCAGCUCUGCAGUCAACCCUGUUAUCUACAACAUGCUCUCCACACGCUUUCGGGAAUGCUUCUGGGAUCUUAUCUGCACACAUACGAAAGACACCGCCUCUAGAAAAGACUGCCCACCCUUCGCCAAAAUCCUGCUGGUUCCCUCUGGCCCAGUUCCUAAAUCCCAGGCCAGUCCCAGGGACCAGAACUCCCUCAUCUCCAAUUGGGACUGGGAGCACAGAGAUCACAACACUGACAUGUGAACAUUCCUGUGUGGUCGACUCUGACUUCACUGCUACUGCUUUUUAAUCAUAUUUAAUAUUUAAUGUGGUAGUAGAUAUGAUGCCCUCUGUCAGGCUGUGGAUUUGACUAAUGAGCAGAUGAUGCAUUGUGCACAGCUGGAUGAUCAUUAUUUCAUGAGGUGAUCUGUGGACUCAAUUGUGAUCUGUUAUUAAAGCAACAUAAAUCCUCAUAGCUGACAGAUGUAUCCGAAAACAACUGAUUUAGGGGUAUGUAAAUGAGAGACUUGGUUGCACUUGAUAAUUCACUCCAGUGAUUGAUUAUCCCAUAUGAUUGGUCUCCUCAUAUUGAUCUGUGUGAUAUAUGGACUAUGUGAACUGCAGUUACAGUAUUUAUCAUCCUUGUGUUUCAUAAUCACCUAUUUCAACCCGUAAUUUAUUGAGUGUAUGUCAAAACUUCCCCAUUUCUCCUUGUCAAAGACAUUGAAUGUACGUAUGUAGCACUGCUGUCCUUUGACCUAGACAUUUUAUGUAAAUAUACUGUAAAUCAAUUCAUAAUUAUUGCCUUUCUGUGAAAACAGCAAAACAUGAAUGAAUUGCUUGAUGAGUAUUUCAUGAAUUGUUUACAAUGUCUGCAACAGAAUGUGUAUUACAUUGAGAAUGUAUCAUCAAAUUUCAAAUCAAAUUUAUUUAUAUAGCCCUUCGUACAUCAGCUGAUAUCUCAAAGUGCUGUACAGAAACCCAGCCUAAAACCCCAAACAGC